AUGGGUGAUAAGAGAGGAUCUGAGGACACUCAGAAAGCAACAAAAAAGAGUCGACCUUCCUCCUCUAUUAUUGGAAUUUCCAGGGCGAUUUCGGCCUGCCAGAGAUGUAGAACAAGAAAAGUUCGUUGUGACCAGGAUUUUCCAAAGUGCUUUAAAUGUGCUAAGGCCGGGGUGGAAUGUAUUGGGAUUGAUCCCGCAACUGGAAGGGAAGUUCCCAGGUCGUACAUUAUUCACUUGGAAGACAAGAUCUCGAUUUUGGAGAACUUGUUGAAGGAGAAGGGAAUCGACGUAGGAAGUGCUGGGGGUGGGGCCAUCGGAAAUGUUCCUGGCGGACUUGGUAGCAGUGGUAACGGUGGUGCUGCUGGUCUAUCUUCGUCUUCUUCAAUUGCUGAACAUCUGAAUGAGCCAACUAGCGGGAUAUCUCCUAGCCAAGACUUCCCAGGUAUAAAACAAGAACAAGUAUAUGCAAGUACAGCAAUUCCUCCACCAACGGCAGCAGCUCACGAUGCUACAAGCGCCCCAUUAACGUCAGUUCAAGAGGAAGCGCCAUCGCUGCCUUCUUAUGAAGAGAACCACAUACAUAACAUAAUGGAGGGAGUAAGUGACGGCACGAUGAAGUCUGGUUCCAGGGCCCCUCCUGGCUAUUUGGAUCGGAACUCGGAAGGCAUUUCUUUCGGCAAAUUAAUGUUUACUGCUGUAAAGUUCAACAAGAAAACGUCGAGGCAGUCAUCUGCACCUUUACAGUCUCAACCCCCAAGCUCUAUCCCCACCAAUGUCAACACAAACUUAGCAAACAAAAACCUGUCAACUACCAGGUCUUCGUCAAUUUCCCAAAGUGUUGUAAUUGACCCUUCAGUCUACCUUAAACAUGACGUACUUCCGGCCAUUUUACCACCGAAGUCUACUGCUCAGGAAUUCAUUAAAAUAUACUUCGCUCAGUCAAAUUCACAAUUACCUAUACUACACAGAGAAGAAUUUAUCAAAAACUGUUUUGUUCCUAUUUAUGGAGCUCUAGACCCUGGAAUAUCUCUAGCUUCUAAUUAUACGGCAAUAAAUAUGUCGAUAAUCGAUGGCAAUAGAAAAAAUCUGAAGACAGCAGAUGCCCAAGAAAAAGAACAGCCAUGGUUCGAAAACUAUAAAAAUCAAUUCACUUCUUAUAUUGAAAAACAUCCCAAUGAAAAGAUAGACCCGGUAAAAAUAUCCAAUACUAUCGUACCACCUACCAAGUACCACAGAGCGCUUUACUUUUUGAAUAUCGUAUUUGCCAUUUCGUCUUCAGUGAAUCAUUUGCAAUACCCGAACCUUAUUUCUGACGCUUUUAAAGCAGCUGCAGUAAAAUAUAUUGAACUUGUUUAUUCGCUGCAAGAUCAACUUGAAUCACUCCAAGGUAUACUUCUUCUUGCAUUGUAUUCUAUAAUGAGACCUGCCGUUCCUGGAGUUUGGUACGUUUUAGGUCUGGCCUUAAGAGUAGUUGUCGAUUUAGGUUUACAACACGAAACAGCAAGUUCUAUUCGAGGUCUAGAUUCCUUUACGAAGGAUAAGAGGAGAAGGUUGUUCUGGUGCACAUAUUCCCUAGAUAGACAAAUUUGUUUCUACUUAGGAAGACCGGUAGGAAUACCAGAAGAAUGCAUUGAAGUGCCAUUUCCAUCAGAGUUGGACGAUGCCUUGAUAAUACCGAAUGACCAAUCAAACGAUGAUUAUCUGAAUAAUGUAAGUGGAAUGCCUACAUAUAAGGUGAUUUCAUUAUCAUUUUUCAAGAUUAGGCAAAUCCAAUCCGAAGUUCAAAGAAUUUUAUUAUACGAAAAGCUGGAACUUCCGAGAAGAUACGCAAAUUUGGAUCAAUGGAAAGAAGAUAUCAGUGAAAAGUUGAAGAUAUGGAAGAGUCAAGCCCCAAAGACUCAAAGGAAAAUGAAUUGUGACUUUAACUUAGAGUUUUUUAACUUGAACUAUAAUCACGCACUAAUUAUGUUACAUGGUAUAAGCCCCAAAAAAUUUACUCUACUGAUUUCAGAUUUCCAUAAAGUGUCAGAAUCUUCCAAGGAGUUGAUAAAUGGUUAUUACCAAUUAUACUACAGUAAGUCUAUUAACUAUACUUGGGCCGCAGUUCAUAAUUUGUUUAUGGCCGGAUCACUGUAUUUGUAUACCAUUUACAAUUCCCCUCAAGUCAGAGAAAGAAAUUCAUUUUUUGAAGUGAAGAAAAUAACACAAGAGUGUAUUACAAUAUUAAAUUCUUUAAUUGACAGAUGUGAUGCUGCAUCCAAUUGCAAAGAUAUAUUCGAAGUGCUAACUGCUGCUAUAUUGAAAAUCAGAUACAAUGAGGUGGUGCAAGGGGUUAGUGGAAGUAUCCCCACGGCUCAGCAGAUUGCUAUACUGCUGCCAGCUGGCCAUGUUAAUUCGAAUUUGAAACAAUUGGUGGAGACGCUAAGCAGUCCUGAUGAGAAUCAGUAUUCUUCGGUGAUGAAAAAAGAAGAGAAGCUCACACCACAUAUACUUGGAAAUGGUGAUGAAGAAAAUACUUCUUUUCGCUAUGCAAGAUACCCACCACCACAAUUUAAAUUGAAUCCAUUCCAAUCAACAACUCCUGAUUCAAUGUCACCAUCGGGAAAUUAUAUGAUGAAUAGCUACAAUCAGAGCAAUAACCACAACAAUAUUGACACCAAUAAUGCGAACUCUAGCCACACUCCAACUGCAAACAAUUAUUUGACCAGAAUUCUAAACGAAAAUGAUAGUACUCCAACCGAAGAUAUCAAUAAGACUAGAUAUAACGCACUCCAGUUUGGAUCUCCGCAAGCAUUUGAAUGGAUAACUGACGAUCGAAACUUGACAGAGUUUGGGCGUAAUCAACAAAUUACACAUCAAUACGACUUAGAUAUAUUUUUCGACGAGUUAGAAAACCUUUCAUCGGAAGCAUCCUUCGAUAAUCCACAAUCUCCGAAAAAUGUUUCUGAAGGUUCGUUUGACCAUGAAAAUGUUGCACCGUUAACCACUUCAAAUGAAUUUCUUCUGAGUCUGAGUAUUACGACAACCCCAUAUUCAAACGAAAGUAGCAGUUCGGGUGAGAAGCUGAGACAGGCAUCUUCUUCUACUUCCGGCGGACUAAAAGGUACUGGUUCAUCUGACGAAAAUAAGGGGGCAGCAACAGCACGCCAUGAUAGUUAUAAGGGAGCGCCAACAAAGGAAGCUAAGCGGGUAUACGAGUUAAUACAUCAAAUGCCCACAGAAGCAAUUUGGGACCAAUUUUUUACUACUAAUGGCAACUCUUUAAAUACUGGGAACUUAUCCUAA